AUCUUUGAAGUUGUCAGUUGUCAGUUUUAUUAUUUAAAUAUUGUGGAUGGUGAAUCCCAAAUCGAUUCAUUUUUACGAUAUUUUUCUUUGGAGAACUAAUUCAAUCUCUUGAUUAUGAGUUUCUUGAAAUAACUCAAAACAAAAUGGAACUGGAACCAAAAGUGAUCCGUAUUGUUAACUUGCAGAGUAUCGAAACUAAUGAGUCUCUGAAUAAUUUUUUGAAUGAUCAAUUGCAAUUACAAGGAAAAGUCGAAAAAAUUUAUAUCGGUCGUGAUACAAAACUAAGUUUGGUAUUUGCCUAUGUCAUAUUCGAAUUCAGCUGUGAUGCCACAAGAGCUGUGAAAGAAUUAUUUGACUUCGUCUACAAAUCAUUGAAAAUUGAUGUUGCUAUUAUAUCACCAAAUGUCAAAAUCAAACUAUACACAUCUUCAGGAAAGACAUCUUCCACAGAAAAAACAGUUACACAAAAAUCUCAGACUACAAGAAGGCUUAUAGGCUCAGAGAACAGUUCUAAUGUGAGCAAAGAGCAAAAGCAAAAAGUUCUUGAUGCAUUCAGUCAUUCUAAGGCAAAGAAGAAUAAAAAAAUUGCUACUUCCUCCUCGAUGAAUACUCAUUCAAAACAAUCUCCAGGUGCAUUAGAAAUUGCGAAUACUCCAAGUAAACCCCAGAAAAACAAUAAAACUAAUGACCUUAAAGACAAAGGAGCUAUGAGCAAAAAUUCUUCCAGAAAGUCAACUUCAGGUUCAACUCCACGAAUAAAUUCCAAAACAAAUGGUUUAGGUGUGUGGCUGGAUUCAAGAAGGGGCAGAUCAGAUUCGUACCAUGAUCAUGACAACAAAACUAAAACCACUGAAGUGAGCAGAACGUCUUGUAAGCAUCCGAUCAAAUCAGAAAAUAAAAAUGAUAUAAAAGAAUCUAGGUUAGCUUUGUCGACCGCUCUCAAUAAAGAUGCACAUCUGUUGCAAAGUUCGAAAAAGGUACUUACAGAUUCAAAUAAGGCGAAACCCCAACUCAAAAUGCCAAAAGAAAAAUUGUGUGCUUCUGAAAAAUUAAAGGGUGAUAAAUUGAAAUCUAGUCGUUCAUUGAAAUAUGCCAAAAAGAAAUCUAGUCCUUCAUCAGUAAAAAAAAAAUCCACUAAUACAGGAGCCGUAAGCCUAAUAUCAUAUUCUACUCUGAACACUGUGAUAAAUGAUUGUGUGGUAUCAGAGAGUACAUUAAAAGGGAACCUCGAAUCAAAAAAACAACAAGAAGCAAGUGGAAUAUUACUGAGCUUCUGAAUAUUCAAUCAAAAGGAUCAAUAACAAAAACGACAUUUAAGAUGAGUGCUAGUUGUUUUGAAAAUUUAAUAUUCUAAGGAACAAAUUCUUUCACUUCAGCUUUGAUUACCAAUAUUAAUGAAAGAUAAGUUUUACAGAGGGAAGGCAAACAAACAAGGAGGAAGGAUCUAAGAUCUUAAUGAAUCUAUGUUUAUGAAAUCAAGAUAUUAUUUAUAGAAGUUGUAUGUUUAGUUCCGUUUGAAUUAGCUUUUUUCAUGAUGUUUUUAUUCGAAUUGGAAAAUAUAAUUUUAUCUGAA